AUUAGUAUAUAACACGGCAGAUUCUCAAUAACGUCAACAUUUCACUUUUAUCUUCUUCGGCUGCAAGAACUCAUAUCGCGCCAUGAAAUUUCUAAUCAUCCUCACCCUGGCUGCAGCAGCGUCAGCGGCAAAACUGGACAAAGUCUACCUCCCCCCCAACGCGCGGGCUUCAUCGGGGGCUACAGCCGGCCUCCAGACCCCGGGGGGCUACUCCGGGGGUGGCUCUAAGAACCAGGCCGAGAUCCUGAAGAUGGAGAACGAGGCGGACGAGCAAGGGUUCCGGUACGCGUAUGAGACCAGCGACGGGACUAAAGCUGAGGCACAGGGCAAAGUAAUCCCCGGCGCGAAACCCGAGGAAGGGUCCCUCCAGGUCUCGGGGUCCUACUCCUACAUCGGCGAGGACGGGCAGACGUACUCCGUGACGUACACAGCCGAUGAGAACGGGUUCCAGGCGCAGGGGGCCCACCUGCCGACGCCGCCGCCGAUCCCGGAGGCCAUAUUGAAGAGCUUGCAGUUGACUGCUGGGAAUGGCGGUCAAUACAGCAGUCAAAAGAGCAGCUACGAUGCCGACAAUGCCGCCGGAUACCAUUACUGAUACUAACAUUACCAGACACAGCAAUCUAAAGUUUAAAAUCCUCAAAAAUAAUACUUCAUAAAAUGUCCCAGUUACCCAUCUCAGAAUGUGUAGUUAGCCACAACUUUUAUAUGAAAUGCAGGCCUUUAGACAUGGC